AUGUGUCACAAAGCAAACCCAGAGGGAGACAAGAAAGGAGACAAAGCUGCUGCAGAACACAAGAAUAAGAAGCCUCAGCCAGGGGAGAAGCUAGGUGUGUUCUCCCAGUCCCACUACUACCUGAAUCUGUAUCGCUUCAAGGCUGUGGGGAAAGAUGAUCUGGACCUACAUGCAGGGGACCAGCUCACAGUGAUAGAUGACUCCAAUGAGGAGUGGUGGAGGGGAAAGAUAGGGCGGAGGUCUUGCUUCCUGCCAGCUAACUACAACAUCAGGGUGCGUUCUGGGGAGAGGGUUUACAAGGUGACACGUUCCUUCGUAGGUAACAGAGAGAUGGGACAGAUCACCCUGAAGAAAGACCAGAUCGUUGUGAAGAAAGCCAUUCACCUCCUUUCCUAUCUGAAAGUGAUGGACAGAAUGGACGGCUGUCACGAAAACCCGUACAACAGCGAUGGACAGAAGCUGGGGUUCUUCCCUGCCAAUCUUCUCCGGGACAUCUGA